GAUUUGAAGUUAGACUUGCAGCUGACAGAGAUAGACAAGAGAGAGGAGGGAGAGAUAGCAGGCAAGCAAUGACGAAAAGGAGGCAGUUCUCUGUGGCCUGUUUGCACUGAGUGGACUGUAACUGGGAUGAGAGGCCUGGUGAGCUGGAGUCUGACUUCCUGUUAGCUGAGGGUGAGGUGGGCAUGUAAAAAAAAAAAAAAUACAGAAGUAUCCAAAAGAAAAGAGAAACUUUCCUGUUCUUGUUACACCUGUUGCCAUAUCAGACUGCUUGAUGGCUGUUACCCAGGCUGUGCUCCCUUCCUUCAGCUCCUUCUCCAACCUCUCUCACUCCACUGACAAUAUGAAAGUGUGUAAGUCAGAUGGGUCUCUCCCUUUGGACUCCCCAAGCACUAAACUGUCACCAAAGAGCUCUGAGCAACUGCAGGUCUCUGAACAAAUGGCAGAGGAGCUCCUGGAUGAUGACAGCCAAGCAUCAUGGGACAUUGAGUUUCUGCUGUCAGAGUGGCGCAGCCCUUCCCCCGACCCUAGCCCCUCUCUCAACAACAGCAACCAACUGCUUCCGCAGUUUGACCCAAACACUGCAUACCAAGAGACGAGUGUGCUUAAGGACCCAUCAGGACAGGAGAGUCUACAGAUGAACAGCGGCAGCCUCAUGGCUGAGCUCAUGUCCCCUGCUGAAACCACCACAGUCCAGCCAGAGCUGUACCAGCGUAGUUUUAAUGACGAUCAAACAGGUCGAACUUUAUUUUCUAAUGUGCAUAAUGUAAAUCAGUUUGACUUCUCCCAAGGAGGAAGUGUUGAAAGACACAGCAGAGGAAGCCUCAGUAAGGUUGCAUCAUGGGACUUCAACCCCUACUAUCACCACCACCACCAACAGCAACAGCCUCCCGUGGUGGCCAUCCCUGAAAACAGGUUCAUCCGACCUCAGCCUGUGACUCCUGACCCUCGACACUACCGCUACUUGCCCCACUUUAACCACACUGCCAGCCUUUACUGUGACUACAACCACAGCCAGGGGCAUUUGCCCCUGCACCAGCAGCCUCUGCUGGUUGGACAACAGGUGCCCCCUAGUGGGUUGGAAGGGAAGCGUGGCAGAAGAGCUACGGGGAAAAAGAGACCAGCCAUCCACAGCUGUGAAUACCCCGGCUGCAGCAAGACCUACACCAAGAGCUCGCACCUCAAGGCUCACCUCCGCACCCACACAGGUGAAAAGCCUUACCACUGUUCAUGGGAGGGCUGCAGCUGGAAAUUUGCCCGCUCGGAUGAGCUGACACGUCACUACCGCAAGCACACGGGUCAGAAACCGUACCAGUGUAUGCUCUGUCAGAGAGCCUUCUCUCGCUCAGACCACCUGGCUCUGCACAUGAAGAGACACAACUAACGCUCUCGCAUAUACACAAAUCUACACCUCUGCCAUUAUAGGACAUUUUAAUUAAAAAGUAGACAAAUUUUGUCUGAAUGUAGGACCUCAAAAGUCAUCUGGUGCAGAUGUUUUUGGUAUACUUACAAAACAAAUGAGAUAGGUCUAACUCAAAAUCUAAUUGAAAACCCUUCAGCUUCAGAAAUGAUUGAUAUCCGUCACUUAAAGAGUGACCAUUAGUAAUUGCUGAAGCACUGGUAAUUAGAGAAGUACUCCACAGAAAAAAGAUGGAGCAGGGGACUUGCUGCAGGCACUGUAGCAAGUUUAUCUCCUUUGUCUCUCUCUAUUACACAUAUUUUAUCUCAAAGAAGCCAGCUUUACCAUGACUGGCUGCUCGUGUGGGGCUUUUGUGCUAAGAUGACCGUUUUAGAGAUAUCUACCUCUGUGACAUCGUACAAAAGAACUUGUAGAAACUGAAAGUCUGACACCUGAACAUUUAGCUGAUAGGAUUACUCACACGUACACUGACCUCAAUACGUGAAACCUUAGCCUUAUUUAACAUGAGCAUCCACCACUGUUGACAGACAAUAUUAGAUAGACAGAUAAUAUUGGGUACCCUUUAACCAUCACAUCUACAUAUCUGAGCACAACAGUUACCAUAUACCUUAAAUCAAAGUCCUAACUUAACCUGGCAGCAUGUCAACCAGAAGAAGACAACCUUUGUAAAAUAAGCAUGUCUAAAGCUAUAAGAGCCGCUUUUACAAACACUGUACACACUGUGGGUUUACAGACAGUGGACUUAAACACUAACAAAAGACCUAAAAGUGUUUGUAGCAUUGGUUACAAG